GCUCUAAAAGUAACCUCGCAAACCCCCAUUAAACAUUUCUCAGUUGCAGUCGGUAGGAAGCAGGAAAUUGGCGUGUAUGGCUGCUUCAACAUCGCUACACAUUUCGAUCAGAUUCCCAUGCUCCCAAAAGAAUGUCUUCUCAGUGUGCCGACCCUGCAGCAGAACAACCUUCCCUUCCGCACGCCAUUGUUCUUCCUCUGUUCUGACCUUCUCUAGCCGUCGAAGUGACGGCCCCCGCCGUGCUUCCACUCCAUCAAAUAAGAAGAAACAAAAGAAAAGUUUGUCUCUAAAAAUCAAUGAGGUGGAUGAUGAUUUGGAUGAAGAUGCUUUUGAGGCACUUUUUAUUCAGCUUGAAGAAGAUCUGAAAAAUGAUGAUCUCUCUUUGGGUGAGGACAGUGAAAUAAAAGAGGAAGAUAUCAUAAAUCUUGAACGAGACCUCGACGAGGCUCUGAAGGAUGAUCAGUUAUUAGGAAACAUCAAUUCAUUUUUGGAUGAGAAAAAUCAGGAACUUGAACAUGAAGCGAGACGUGAAGGCAGAGCAAAAGAAGAAAAAGAUGAUGAUGAUAUUGAAGGAGUUGAAAAUGAUGACGACGAAGAUGAUGAAGAUGAAAGGUCAGAACAAUUAAAAAAAUGGCAACUCAAGAGACUGGCUUAUGCCCUCAAAACUGGCAGACGUAAGACAAGUAUAAAAAACCUUGCAGCUGAUCUCUGUCUUGACAGAGCUUUCGUUCUCAGCAUACUACGCGAUCCUCCACCACAUCUAGUAUUGCUGAGUGCUGCCUUACCGGAUAAACCUGUUUCAACAAUCUCAGAACCUCUGAGCAUCCCUCUGGAGAAGGCUGAAGACACUGUAAAAACAGACACUAGCGAGGAAUUGCCAGUUCAUGUUUUGCAACAGAACUGGUCUGCUAAGAAGAGAAUUAAGAAAAAGCAACUUGAAACACUUGAAAAAGUUUAUGGGCGAUCGAGAAGACCCACAAAUGCCGUGAUUAGUAGCAUUGUGCAUGUCACAAAUCUUCCCCGCAAAAGAGUUGUGAAGUGGUUUGAAGAAAGGCGUGCUGAAGAGGGGAUUCCUGACCGUCCAUGUGACCACCACCUUCCAUACCGCCGAUCUACUCCCGAGACUUCUCUCCUUUGAUGGGAUGCCAUUCAGCCUUGUAUCUCUUUCACAGAUUUUUUUUGUGUUAUAUGAGCGACCUGUAAAUUUCGGUAUUGGAUGUAACAUAUGUAGCUGUUUAACAAUUCAUACCAACAUUAUGGCUAGAAGCCAUUAAUGGAGCAUUUGAGCUCUUGAAGAAGAAGAAAAUAUACACAAGCUUUCUAGAGAGAGAGAGAGAGUAAAUGGGCAGGGAAGGAGUGAAGAGUGUGAAUUGCCCCUCCCUCAACAAUUAGGGCAACCCUCUCUUUUAUAGGAGAGGGUGAGGGCAUCUACGGAGGAAUAUUCUCUUAUUCCUCUAUUUUAUUAAACAGGCCCGGUUUAACUGUUCUUCGUAAAUAAUUGGGAAAUGUGGGCCGAGCCACGUAUUAUUUCCCAUCAAGAAGUCCUCCACUUUUUUGAGCUGUGAGAAUCAUCAACUUAAAAAAGUAAAUAAGUCCUCCGAGUGCUAUCUUCAAUCUUCGUACUUUAGAAUCUUGACCGGUUGAUAUUGUUGCUAGUCCUCUGAGUCUUCAUUAAUUCUCUAAUUUUUUGAAUCAGAAGUUUUUCCUGCAAAAAAUAAUAUGUACAACAUAUUUUUUUUAACCGGCCUAUGCCGUGCUCAAAAAAUUAUUAUCUUUACCGAGGAGCUCGGUGUUAGGUGAUUAAGAUUCGCGCGAAUAGUUAUCGUAACGAGAGCGAUGUCAGUUCGAUAAAGCAACGAUGCUUCAAAAAGUUAUUUCGUCGAGGUCGGUGUUAAUACGAGUCAAGCAAACGAUGCGUGAAGAAAUUAGUAUAUCGAUG